AUGUCCGCCAGCGAUGGGAAUGCACGGGUGGUCGGACGGCUUCUUUCGUUAUCGAGUGACGAUCAUGUCAUUCUGCCAGAAGACGAUGAGCAUGAGGAGUAUGAGACGACGUCGAGUCGCAUUGACUCCAUAGCGAGUGCCUUUGCACGUAUGUGUGUGAGUUCCCUGGCAUUCCUGUUCCAACGGCCUGUGCGGCUGUUUCGGCCUGUGCACUUCUCAACAUUUUCGCUCCUUGAAGUCAUGGCACGGCGACAGGGAAAGAAGCUGGGCGUUCCAUACCUUGGGCGUCUUAUCCGGCAAGAGCGACCCGCCUUCCUCCUAGCGCUUGUCGUGCCUCCCAUGGUAGCCAACCUCGCCAUCGGAUUCACCUUGUUCCAGACAUAUACACUCACAGAGCGCCUGCUGGAUCCAGAUGACGAGCCAUUCACACCGACAUGGGUGGUCGCCGUAGCUGGCGCUGCCGCCGGCGCAGCACAAUGCGUGAUUUCCGCGCCGCUCGACAAUGUGCGUCUGGUCGUGCAGCCCUUGCUUAUGCACGAUACGGGGCACCGCAUCACGUCGUCGUCGCUCGUCCGUAUGCCAUUACGGACGUGGAACACAAUUAUGGAGGCAGCCAUUCUUCCCUUUCUACCUGAACGGUGGUACCAUCAUGCUGUCCGCCGCCUCGAACGCUUGUGGCCGUCUUCGAUGGGCGAGCCACACAAUGCGCCGCUCACAAGCGUCAUUCAGUACUUGCCACGGCAUGUGCGUCUGCUCGCACGACGCAAGCACGGCAUGAGCCUGCUUCUUUCACUCGUCCGAGACGCCCUUGGCUUUUCUGCCUUCUUCGUGUCGUUUGAAUGGGCGCGGCGUUUGGCCUACCAUGCCUCUCUACAGGCUGAUUACUUUAUACAUACGCUCCGGCAUCGCUCAUCACCACGCAUCCGCAUCAUGGGGGAAGAAUAUUCAGACAAGAGCUUUAGUACCAGUCGCACCGUGUUGGGCCGCACUGCCGCCGUGCUUGUGCUCGUGUGCGGCGGCGCAGUAGGGGCUCUCUUCUACCAUUUCGUGAGCCGACCCGUGGAAUACAUCCGCAUGGUGCUCUGGCACCGCCUGUACGUGCCGCAAAGGGCCUCGGGACCGAAACGGGCGCCGCGCAGGCGGCCGGCCGCCCGCGUACAUCGCACGCGUCGUGAGCACAGUGCAAGAAGUGCCCAGCGACACCACCCAAAGCGUAUCAAGCGCAUGACUGCUCGCCCGAAAAAGCGGCGGCACAGCAAGACACUCGCCCGUCUCAUGCGCUUUGCACGUAUGACUGCGCCACCACAGUACAUGUCAUCGCCCGUGCGUCUCUUCAUCCACACAUACUUCUUACGCCCCUUCAAGUAUCCCGAGCUGUGCAAACCAUCGGCGCCUCGACCCUGGGGUACGGCGCCGCCGCCACGGCAUGCUGUGACACAGCCAUGGACCCGGCAGCCUGUGCGUAUGCGCUGGCAGUGGAUCGUGGGCCGAUUGCUCUCUCCGUACGCAUGUGGCUUUUUCGUGUAUGCAUGGAUGAGCGGUGACUUGGGCUAG